GGAUCUUAACCUCCAGAUGUCAUAGAGAAGUCCACUUUUGCAAGCUUACCCUGCCCUUUCCCAAGAUGAGCAUGUGCCUUCCGUCACUUGCAUCUCCUUCACUGUCACCAGGGACAUCCCGCUCCUCUGUCUGACCUCAACCUGCUGUGCCCACCCAUCCUGGUGACCCCUCGAGCGUGCUCAGGCUUGGAAAGGCACGACUGUGGGUGUGAGAGACGAAGCCACAGCAUCUGGUGACUAGGGGGAAGCCAGGUUGGAGGGACUCCAUGACACACACUCGAAGGAAGUCCCUUCCUGUGCUGAGUUCAGGCCCCACUGGACACCAGGAGCCCCUGCAGAUGGAAGACAACAGUAUGGAACAAGGGGCUGAGGGUGCAGAGCCAGGCAUGCCUGAGAGUCCUGGGCACCUCACAGGACGCCGCAAGAACUACCCACUGCGUAAGCGCUCAUUGGUUCCUGAGAAGCCCAAGGCCUGCAAAGUGCUGCUGACUCGCCUGGAAAAUGUGGCUGGUCCACGAAGUGCAGAUGAGGCUGAUGAUCUGCCCCCUGACUUGCCCAAGGCCCCCAGUCCUGCCCCAUCCAGUGAAGACCCUGGUCUUGCCCAACCCCGCAAGAGACGUCUGGCCUCCCUCAAUGCAGAGGCCCUCAAUAACCUACUGUUGGAGCGAGAAGACACCAGCAGCCUGGCGGGCACCCGCCGCAGUCGAGGGGGAGACCCCCACCGUAGCCGGGACCGUGACCGGGCCACUGGGGGCUGGUCCUCCUCCAAGAAGAGGCCUAGGCUAGGAGACCUAGGAGAGGGAAGUCCAGACUUAUCCCCAGAGCCAGCACCAGAUGAAAGUACUCGCAGAGAUGGAGAUCCAGCUCCCAAGAGACUGGCUAGCCUGAAUGCAGCCGCUUUCCUAAAGUUGAGCCAGGAGCGGGAGCUACCCCUUCGACCUCCUCGUGCCCAUGCAGAAGCAGAUGGGCGUUCCACUGAGCCCCUGGCACCCAAGGUCCUACGGCCAAAAUGGGCCAAGGUCAAUGGCAAGAACUAUCCCAAGCCCCGGCAGGGGCCCAGCUCAGGGGAUCCUGCAGGCCCACCAGGCUGGCAGGGACGCCCUGAUGAGCCAUGGCCAUCUGCCACUCCUCGUGGGCCGUCUGCACAGCCUCCUUAUCAGCCCCUUAGCAAGGCUCUGGAGAGCCCCUUGGGGCUGCGCUCCCACCUGCCUCUGCUGAUGGGUGGUCAGGCUGCCCUGAAGCCGGAACCUGGGCGCCCAGGCGAGGAAUCACCUGCCCCCAAGCAGGAACUGCAUCAGCCCUCUUUCCCUGCACCUCAGCUGUCACCCCUGCCAAUGCCUGGCAACCCCGCUGACUAUAAUGGCCUGUGUGGAGGACCUGAGCUCACUGCACUAGGCAGCUUCUACCUGUACUGUGGCCAGGAUGGACUGCAGUGUGGGAGCUACUCUGCCUGCCCCAUGCUCCCUGAAGGCAAGCUCUCUCCAGUGGCUUCCCCUAGUGAGGGGCUUCUCUUGGCCCCUAGCUCAAUGCCCUCAGGCACCCCUUUCCAGCACCCUCCCUGGAGCUCAUCUCGAUACUGCUCCAGCGAGGACACUGGAGUGAAUGGCUACAGCGUUUGUGGAGUGUUGCCCCUGUCUCUUACCCACAUUGGCACUACCUGUGGUGGCUGCCCCUACAAAAUGCCUUUUGCAGCAGAAGGCUGCAGGUCCCUGGGCCAGCUGGAAUUUCCUCUCCCAGAAGCUGGCCACCCAGCCUCACCUGCCCACCCGCUUCUAGGAUGCCCCGUGCCCAGUGUGCCACCUGCAGCAGAGCCUGUUCCCCAUCUUCAGACACCCACAUCGGAACCUCAAACAGUGGCCCGUGCGUGCCCUCAAAGCGCCAAGCCUCCUAGUGGUUCCAAGUCAGGUCUGCGCACAGGUUCUGGUUGCAGGCACACUGUGAGGAGCAAGGCUGCCCGAAGGCCCAGCCACCCCAAGCAGCCUCGUGCCCAGCGCCCACGCCCUCGCCGCCGCCGUCGCCGCCGCACUAAUGGCUGGGUGCCUGUUGGGGCUGCCUGUGAGAAAGCUGUGUAUGUCUUGGAUGAGCCGGAACCAGCCAUCCGAAAGAGCUAUCAGGCGGUAGAACGACAUGGAGAGACAAUCCGGGUCCGGGAUACUGUCCUCCUCAAGUCAGGCCCAAGAAAGACGUCUACACCAUAUGUGGCCAAGAUCUCUGCCCUCUGGGAGAACCCAGAGUCAGGAGAACUGAUGAUGAGCCUCCUGUGGUAUUACAGACCUGAGCACUUACAAGGAGGUCGCAGCCCUAGCAUGCACGAGCCUUUGCAGAAUGAAGUUUUUGCAUCACGACAUCAGGACCAGAACAGUGUAGCCUGCAUUGAGGAGAAAUGCUAUGUGCUGACCUUUGCUGAGUACUGCAGAUUCUGUGCCAUGGCCAAGCGACGAGGCGAGGGUCUCCCCAGCCGAAAGACAGCACUGGUGCCCCCGUCUGCAGACUACUCCACCCCACCACACCGCACAGUGCCGGAGGACACGGACCCUGAGCUGGUGUUCCUUUGCCGCCAUGUCUAUGACUUCCGCCAUGGCCGCAUCCUCAAGAACCCCCAGUAGCCUCCUUGUGCUCAUACUGGGGCUGCCCAUGAGCAAGUGGGGCUCAGGGCAGGGAGCACUGCUUGAAGCACAGCACUUGGUUAAGGGGACACAGGGGCCUCUGAUUCUCUUUGGUGGGGGGAGGGCAGGGGCCCCUCUGGGUUCUGGGCCCCAUGGGAGGGAAGGGAAUGCCAGGGUAUAAGAAAAGCAUCAGAGCCCUCAUCAAGCCCUCAUCUUGGCCCAGGUACCUGUCUGUGGUCCCUUGGGUGAAGACUCACAAAGAAGCAGUCUUCCCUGAGGCUGGGCGAAACCUGAGGGACCCAGGCCAAGUAGGGGUUAGGGCAAGGAGAAGGUGUAAGAUCCUUUGGGAACCAGGCCCAGCAGGCCCUUCUGUAGCCUCCCCUGGGCCCUCCAAGGGGGAGCAGGAGCCAGCUUUACCUCACCCACUGUGACCCGCUUCUUCCCCAUCCGCCUGGGACCAGGCUCUAGAUUCUAGCACAGCUCUGAGUUUGUUCUUUUGAGACAUAAAGAGCCAGAGUCUGGCUUCCAGAGCAUUGACUUCCUCUUCCUAGACUCGGGGCCUUUCCCUGGCUUUCCUCCUUUGCCCCUGCAGUAGCCACUGGUGCUGGGACAAGCUGACCCAGCCCUUGCAUUCACGGGUGUGGUCCACUUGUGGGAGUCAGCCUCCUGUCCCCCUCCCUUUGAGGCCACCCAGUGGGUCUGGAUUCCCAGAAAGUUAACUAAUCAAUGUGGGGCUUGUCAUGUCUGGGAGGGUGGAUGGGUGCUGGGAGAGGGUGGGGGGCAGGGGGCAAGGAAAAUUGCUACCUGAUUUAUUGAAGAUUUUUCCUCUUGCCUUACACUUGGAGGUUCUGGGAAACCUCUUGCAGAACUUCACACAUGACUCUUCAAGCCACACCCACCUGAAAUCAAACCAAAGGAGUGCUGUGGCUCCCCUCGCCCUGCCACCCCUUUACCCUAGUCUUUUUGUAGAUUGCACUAAUUUACAUCCCAGCGAGAAUCAACACUGUAUCAGUCCACAGACCUGCUGAGUUGCAGCCACUUACCUAGGAGCUAAGAACUUGCAUUUUCAGUUUGUUCCUAUUGCCCAGAGGCCCUGUUCUCACUCAUGCUGCUCCCUAGAGUAGAUUGAUUAGGAGGCUCAGCUCCCUGUGGUCCUUGUCUGGACUAGGCCAGACCCUGACAACUGGGCUCUCUUGAGGGGGCUGGAGACCCAGUUACUUACUAUUUGUACCAAAGAGGAGCACGGUGAGGAGAGGGAAUGAGGUGCAGUAUGGCGUGGGCCUGGUGCUGGCAACCUGCUGGCUGAGCACUUCCAUGAGGGCAAGGCAGAUGACCGUGGGUCCUCUCUCAGGAAGUGGCAGACACAGGCCCAGCAAGCCUAGGAGGUAGCAAUGGGUGAGGACAAAUGUGACACGUGCUGCAGAGCGAGGUGGAAGUGCAUUCUGAGGGCACCCUUGGCAACCCCUGUGGGCCCUGUCCUGAUCUUAGAAGACAGGUCCUCCUGAUUGGUCAUUGGGCUGGGUGUGGCCUGGAGGCUUCAGAGGUGAAUUUUUGCUUGGGAAGCUGAUCCCAAACCUGAAGGGAACGGACUUGGGUCUCCUUGUAUUGAAUAAGCUGUUUGUAGGAAGGUGGGAUAAUAAAAGAGUUUGCAGAGUGGCAGUGGGGGGUCCUAGAGAGCCAGCCUUGGAGUCUGCCCAUUCCCAGGGUGCUGCCAAGGAGCCUAGCCUCACCUAUAGGAGAGGAGAUCAGGGCCCCUCCUCUCAGGAGGCAGGGUCUGCUGCCCAGAACUUAAAUGCUUUUGAAAUCUCUUAGAUGUGGAAAUAUUUUUUCGAACCUGAAAAUGCAGCUGGUAGAAUUUCAAUGGAAACAUAAUCCAUGUAAAAUAUAUUUUAGUUGAUAUUUUGUAAAAUGCACUUUUUGUGUGUGUCGAUCCUGGUUUCCCAGAUCUGUAUUUCAGUGUUUACAAGGGAGUGGGGUAACCUUUCCUCACCUCCCUUUUGACAGAGAUUAGAAGUACUUCUUUAAGAAAAUAAAUAAAUAAAUUUGAGAAAUUGUAUUGAUUUAGAAAAGGA